AUGGGACAUUUCUCGGUGCUAGCGGCGAUGGGCGUAGCGGAGAUUGAUGAUGCAGCGACGGUGAGGACGAUUGCAAGGGAGAAACGCAUCGUGUCGGGCGUCGCAAGUCGAGGAGAACGGGGGUACGGUAGGGCCUGCCAAAACGAACAUGUGAUGACAGCGAUCUCUCCCUCUGGCUCGUCGGACAUAGAAGUUUUGGGUUGGGGGUGGAACGAGCACAAAAACUUGUGGCUGGACCAUACGGAUGAUGUACCGAAGCCCAUCAAGAUCUGUGGGUCCCUUGGGACGACAGGUACCUUGGUUUCUGGUGGACGGUCCUCUUGGAGGCGCUUUGUUUGCGGUUGCGGGACAGCAGCAGCCGACGCAGUUACUCUGAGAGGCCCUGACGGUCCUGACCAUAACUUCUCGCCCAUUAUCGAUGACUCUGGUUGGGCUGCUGGGAGUGGGGUGCAUGAAUUGAGCUGGGUGCUGCGACACGUCGUUAACGAGAGUAAAGUGGUAUUAAAAAGACCUUGA